AGAAGUGUGUCCGUGACACAGACCCUUGUUGAAGAAGUGAAAGAAAACAAUAAUAUGGCAUUACAGUAUCUGUCAUAAGAGGAGUUUGGCCACCUCUCACUCUUUGUGUGUGUCUUUAAGAAAUGGCUCAACCGUCUCAACAGUGGUCUCACAAGGACACAGAGACACUGAUCAGGUGGCGAAUGGCCCACAGCUAUUUAUUCUCAGGCUGGAGAAACACAUGCAGAAAUGGCUGGGAGAUGUUCAUACAAGAGUCAAUCCUAAACCUGGAUGGAAAUAUUACUUCUCAAAGAGCAAAACGAAAGUGGGAGAAUCUAAAAUGCAAAUACAAGGUUCUAAAAGCUCUUGCAAAAGAUGUCGAAACGGUUAAACCUGAAUCCUGGCGAUGGUUCAGACUCAUGGAAAAGGCCGUUGAUGGUGACCCAGGAGACAUCGAUCCUCCUAAACCCACUUUAUUAUCGAACCUGGCUGACGAACCCGAUUGUGCAGCCCAGCCCAGUAAGAAGAUGUAUCAGGUGGAAAUGGGGAGUGAUAUUCUCGAAUUACUAACACACUCCGUAAUCGAAGUCAACACUCAAACGACAGUUGCGGAUGUAGGACCCUCAUCAGACACAGUUGAAAGUGUGAAAGAGAAACAAAUAGAAAAAAGCCCAUCAGAGACUCAAGGUGAGCUACAUUUGGAAAGAGCCAAACUCAGAAGAGAGCGACUGUUUCUAGAAAAGGAGCACGCGGACCUGGAUCGAGAACGGCUGCUUCUGGAGCGCGAAAAAUCUGUCGCAGAAAGAGAGAAAACGGCACUGGAAAGAGACAGAGCGCAGCUGGAAAAGGACAGAGCAGCAGUUGACAGAGAACGAGCGUUUCUGGAACAGGACAGAGCGAGGCUUGAACGGGACAGGGCAGCUCUUGAAAGAGACAGAGAGACGGUCAACGCCAUGGCUCUCAGGACAAAGGGCACAGGACACACUGAAAUAGACUCGCCAUACGCCGAGGACAGAAAAAGGUUAAUAUUUUUGUUUGAAAAACUCAUUGAGAGGUUUUGAGAUCAUUCUGACGCACUGAAAGAGGUCAGUGUUGAUUAUUUGGAAGGUAUUUAAAAUAUUAAAGCACUUAAACAGAUGGUUCACUCAAAAAUGAACAAUCUUCAUUUAACACCCAUUUAGAAUCCCAUAGUAUUUAUUUUUCCAAUGAUGCUGUAAAUGGGUGGAGAGAUAUUUUUGGUUAUUGACAUAUUUUCAUUUGUGUAAAGCAGAACUUAGCAGAAAUUAAUACAGGUUAAAAAGAAUUGUAUGUUUUUGGUGAACUGUCCCUUUAAGAGAAAGCACUUCAUGGGUAAGUUUCCACUUAAAACGAUUUUGAGGAUUCUCACGUUAACUGAUGUAGUUCGCGAGUUCAUUGUAGUUCACUACAAAGCAUAAUUGAUAAUAAAUAAUGUUCAGUUUAUCCUCAAAGGUUCUUGGAUGCAUCAAGAUUAAAGUUUUGUCUUUGUGUUGAAUCGUUUACAUUUUAUUUGGUAUUUUAUGGCAUUUUGUUCUUGUUUAUGGAAGACCCAUUAAGAGUAAUUUUAGUAAGCAGGUCAAAUGCAGAGCAAAAAAUCACUUUCCGCUUGUCUUUAUAAGGUUGCAAAAGAACUGAAGUGAUCAUUUUCAAGAAACACAAUCAGAUUAUUUAUAUUUGAAUAUAUUAUAUGUUUGUUUUAAAACAUAAUUAGUGUUUGAUCAUGUUAGUGUGUAUGAGAAAUUUGAUUCAAUGCUUUCUCUAACAUUUAUUUCAUAUUUUAAUUUAUUUAUUUCUUUUUUUGGUCAAAUUAAGCAUGAAAGACGAUGCUAAACGUUAAUAUUUAGUGCCUAUGUUAAUUUUAAGGAUAUUUAAGGAAGAGAUUUGAUGUAGAUUUUGCAUAUUUUUUGCCUUAAGUAUAUUUGCACAUUUCUUUAUGUUUCUAUAAAUUUCAUUUGGUUUAGACAGAAAACAGUUUCUGGCAUUUUUUUCUGGAAAUCAGGAAAUACAAAACUGAAGACACCUUUUAUUUUAACACCCC